GUGGACGCCACGCUCUGCUGUCAGGCGCUGGGGACCCUGGACAGGGCCGGGAUGGUGAAGGCGCCGACCCCCAAGCGCGCCCCGGGCGACCCCGCGGCUCCUCCAGGGCUCGUCGGGAAGCUAACGCAGAAGAAAAAAAGGAAGAAAAGAUUCUGGCCAAAUAAAGCGCGAGAAGUAAGCGAGAAACCGGCAAGCGACCCCAAGGUUGUCGUGGUGCGACCUCCAAAGGCACCGGAAGACUUUUCCCAAAACUGGAAGGCGCUGCAGGAGCUGCUGAAACAAAAAUCGCAGGCCCUGGAAACGCCAGCUGUUACCUCUCAGGAUUCCAAGCAGCACCCCGAAAUCAUCCAGCGGAACAGAAAGGCAAAGCGAGUUGAGAUGGGGACAGGAAGGACAGCCCGACAGGCCGCGGGGGGCUCUGUUCCUCCGGGAGCGCCGACGAACAGGAAGGGGCCGGCACCGCCCACAGAGGCCAAAGGAGCAGAGAGCAACGAGAAAGGAACCAAGAAAAGGACAAAUGGUGACAUUUCUCCAAAACGAGGGGACCUCAAACAUAAGAAGCGGAAAGCCAAGGAGGUGGCUGCAGCCUUGGCUCCAGCCCCGCCCACCGAAGGAGACAUCUGGUUUGAUGACGUUGACCCGGUGGACAUCGAAGCGGCCAUAGGCCCAGAGGCGGCCGCCGUAGCGAGGAGGCAGCUGGGCGGCCGUGAGCGCAGCGUCGCGCUGGCGAAGGAGCAGGCCUUCGGCGGCCUGACGAGAGCCUUAGCCAUGGACUGCGAGAUGGUGGGCGUGGGCCCCGCGGGGGAGGACAGCAUCGCCGCCCGCGUGUCCAUCGUCAACCAGUUUGGGAAGUGUGUCUAUGACAAGUACGUCAAGCCAACCCAGCAGGUGACCGACUACAGGACAGCGGUCAGCGGGAUCCGGCCAGAGCACCUCAAGCAGGGGGAGGAAUUUGAAGUCGUCCAGAAGGAAGUGGCAGAGAUGCUGAGGGGCCGGAUUCUCGUGGGACAUGCGCUGCACAACGACCUGAAGAUCCAGGACGCCCAGGCAGCAAUGAGACUCUACGUCACAGUGAAGAAGGAGUGGGAGCGCAUGGCCCGGGACAGACACCCGACCACCGCCGCAGACCACAGCGACCAGGCGUAGCAGGACCCCUGCCGCUGGUGCUGCCCCCCCAACCUCGUGACGGGUGUGACGAAGUCAGGGGACAGAUGUGGUCUCCCCCGAGUGGCAACAAGACCGUGGCAGCCGGGGCACGGGGCACGCGUGCUGCUGAGAACUCCUUUCCUCUCGUCUCUGACCUGAGACCUCACCUCACUGCCGGGGCAGCGGGCGCACGGGCCAGGCUGUCGCUGGGGGCUCAGGGGCCUUUGUCCUGGGCUCGCCAGGCGGUGGGCGGUGGGGACUGAUGUGGGAGCGCCUCGGACUCUGCACUUGGCCAACCCCAGCGUCAGGACGGGAGUGGAGGCUGUGCCUGCCCUGUGCCCUCACCGCCCGCGUGCUGGCCGGCUUCGCUGGGGGCUCUCCCCUGGGUCUUCGGCACCCUCCAGCGAGGAGCUCCUUUCCCGCCAUUGCCGUGGACGGUGUAAAGAACUCGGCCAGAAUCCAGGCGCCCAGCCCGGUGUCUGCUCCAUCGAGGACCUCAGACUUAGAGAUUUUCUGACAGCAGGGGUCCUUGCUCUCCCCAACCCUCUACUGCCCGCCAAGUUCACACUCAAGGUCAGAGCCCACAGUGCGGCCAUGUCAGGCUCAGGUUUCCCCCAGGCAUGGCAAUGACAGUUAUUUCCGAAGGUGGUGCCUCUCCCCGGCUAGGACGGGCAUGCUGGCCUGGUGGUUUGAGCUGGAAAAGUGUGGGUUCCCGUGGGCGGCCUGGCCUGUGGGUGUGAGAUCUCCGAGAAUGGGAGUGGGGUACGUGAAGCCCGGGGCUCUCCUACGCCUCCUGACGGGGACACAUAGGUCCAAACCCCCUGAGGAAGUUUCUGAACAUAAAUGAGGUUUUUAUUUGAGAAGGA